CGAGGAUGAAGCUGAAGCUGAAGACUGUGUUUGUGCUCUACUUCAUGGUCUCCCUCAUGGGCCUCGUCUAUGCACUGAUGCAGCUGGGUGAGUGGUCGGCACACGGUUUCAAGGGACUUUUUUUUUUUACAGGAGACAUUUGACAUUUACUAUUUCAACAAUGUAGUAAGUAAAUCACAGGGGUCAUUGCAAACAUGUGCCAAUAAGUGUCCCAAGGAGCUGCACGCACCAGUGAGCCAGCAUUGAUGACACCAGAGCCCCCACUAAGUGCAAUGCCUCUAUGGUUAAGGCUGUUAAAUAUACCUGUGCUUUUGUGGGAAUUUUAUUUAAAAUAUUUCCUUAUUCUUUAGCUCUCACAAGUAAAUAUUCAUAUAGGGGGCAACCCCAAAACACAUGGAAGGAAUUGGCUUUGCUGCAUGAUCUCCAACACAUUUCUUUACUUCUUCUAGAGCUCCACGUUUUUGGUAGAUGCCAUUUCCCAAUAUUCCUGAUCUUAAAGUUGGGGAAGAGCAGUUUAGCUUUUGUACUUUCAACUGUCUUGUCUGUGACGUCACAAACAUUUGCAGGUCAGCGCUGCGACUGCUCAGAGCACGACAUGCCCAAAGACCGGACCAUAUCUCGGCUGCGGGGGGAACUGCAUCGUUUUCAGGAGCAGAUAAGGAAGUCCGAGGCGACGAAGCAACCGCAGAAACAGCCAGCUAAGCCCACCAUCUUUGUCAUCACCCCGACGUAUGCGAGGCUGGUGCAGAAGGCCGAGCUGACUCGUCUGUCCCAGACCUUCCUCCACGUUCCUCAGCUCCACUGGAUCGUUGUGGAGGACUCGCCACACAAGACGCCACUGGUGACUGACCUGAUGGUGAAGAGUGGCCUGACCUACACACACCUACACAUGCCCACCGCCAAGGACCGCAAACUGCUGGAGAACGGCAACUCUCCACCUCAGGGUGACCCCAGCUGGCUGAAGCCUCGCGGAGUCGAGCAGCGGAAUGAGGGUCUGCGGUGGCUCAGGGAGGACAGAAGGGCUCAUCCAGGAGGAGACAACCAGCAGGGAGUGGUUUACUUCGCUGACGACGAUAACACGUACAGCCUGCAGAUAUUCGAUGAGGUGGGUCCUCAGCAUGUCACCUCAGCAUUUAGUUUGUUAAUGAAGACGACCAGUCUACACAUCAGGGAAGUGGCUGUUUUUUUAUUUUUUUAUUGCCAUAACUGCAGAAGGAAAAACUACUAUCCUCUUGUCUCGUGUCAGAUGAGGAGUACCCAGCGAGUGUCUGUGUGGCCGGUCGGGCUGGUUGGAGGGAUGAAAUACGAGAGGCCCGUGGUUGAAGGAGGAAAGGUGGUUCGCUUCCAUACCGGCUGGCGUCCCAGUCGUCCCUUCCCGAUGGACAUGGCCGGCUUCGCGCUGUCCCUCAAACUGGUCCUGGCCAAUCCAGAGGCCUGCUUUGAUGGCGAUGCACCAAUGGGCUUCCUGGAGAGCAGCUUCCUUCAGGGAUUGGUCACCAUGGACGAGCUGGAGCCGAAAGCGGACAACUGUUCUAAGGUGCUGGUGUGGCACACGCGGACUGAGAAACCCAAGAUGAAGAGAGAGGAGGCUCUGCAGGCUCAGGGACUUGGUUCAGACCAUGGAGUUGAGGUCUAAAGAACACACACACACACACACACACAUUGUAAAGCGUACUCUAGCGUUUCAUGCUGCAUAUGUAACUCUGUGUUGUAAAUAAUGUAAAAGAGACUCAGUUCGAGGUCACAUUUAAACUGAUCUGGUCUUUUAUGUGGCAGGUAAUCAAAGUACAUGUGUGUGUAUAUGUUGGGUGAGUGUGUUGUAACAACAGUGUAUGUUCGUGUAUGUAUCAGGUUUUCUUUGCUCUUACCGAGUUAGGCGUCCCCGUCCAGCGGUACAGUGGAGCCUCUGGAGUUCAAACAUUUGCCUGAUGGGGGCGCCAGUUUGACAUUUGGAACAGCUGUUACACCACCAAUGCGUUAUUCCCUAAAGCUCAAGGAGCGAUGCAUCUUAGGACAGGGAACACGCUCGCCUCAUUCCUAGGCUUCCACGUUUACUUGUGCUCAAUUUAAAUCCUGCAGUGCAACUCAUUCCUCUUUGAUAUUUUUUAUGGCUGAGCCUGAUUAGUGUCCGUUAUCAGCCAUGUCGAUGUGUCUUUAGUCAAAACAACACCAACAUUAUUGCAUGAUAAUAAGCUUUAUACAACCUGUCUAAUCAAACUGUAUGCAUUUACUACCACGGUUAUACUAUUGUGGAGCAAAGGGGAGUCUUCUGACAGGAGACAAUAUCCACAGCAUACAUGGAAACAUAGAUGCAUAUGAAACUUACAAAUUAAUUAGGAACAAUGCUUGUUAGUCGUUCCCUUGUAUUUAUUAUGCUCUUAUACCUUCAAAUGUGUUCCACACACACAAGUGGUGCAACUUGGCCACACGAUGCUGCAACUCGGAUGACAACAGCUACCGAGGCGCAGUGGUCCCACACCCAGCGCAGCUUUAGUGGUGAGGCUCAGAGCGCAACGCUGGUUUUACGUAGUUUCAUAACGAGAGCGAAUUCCAGCCGGGAUUUUUAUCGAUGUAUAUUUUUAGUGAUGCUUUUUGAAAAAAGGUACGGCUUGUGGAAUCCAUUUAGAGGCCCCGAAUAUGGGAACAACACUACUGAAACUCGUGUAAACCCCCGAUGCAAUAAGCCAGUACGAAGCACACGGUCCAUGUUGCAUUUCCACGCUCUAAUGACUUGAAUGGUUUUCACGAGUGGAUCAAUGGCAUAUUUGAAGAAAAGCUUUAAAUGUAAAUUGAACUACUCGAGGUGUGCUCGAUUAUUUUCCCCGACAUCAGAAGUUGGAAGAAUAACGAGCGAAAUAACAUUGUUGUAUGAUACUGUAAAAACAGCUACUGCCUGCUUCCGUGUAAUUAGUCAAUUCUCUACUGGUGUAUUAUGUAUUUAUUACUGUAACAUUGAUCUUUACAUUGUGAUGUCUGUAUUUUGCCUGAAAAAUAAACUAGGUCAUGUGAAACAUUA